AUGUCGCUCAUCGAUUCCAUUUCUUCUCAUGGCUCCAUUUCUUCUCAGCCGUCGAAAUCGAACCCUACCAUACAGUUCUUUGUAAGAUUGUUUUCUGAAAUGGAAACAUUAGUUAUCCGAGCUGAUGUUAACGAUACAAUUGAGCACGUUCUUGAUUUGAUCCAAGCGAAAUCUGGAAUUCCAUUGAACGGGCAGCCGUUAAUCUAUAAGAGCAAGCAGCUUUACCCGGAGCAAACCCUAGGGCAAUGUUGUGUCGAAAAUGAUGCUGUUUUACAGCUGGUUGGAGUCAUGCCGAGUACUCGUCAUCGAAGCACGUUACCUGAUUCGAAGAACCUCACUGAUUAUUUCACGGAUUUGCUGCCGAGUGAUAAUGAUAUGGCUAUAGGGCAUCUGCAGGUAUUCUCGUAUUCUGGUGUACCAGCCGCGUUAGUUAUGUUAUAUAUGUCUCCUGAUCAUAUGAUGUUUGGUGAUGAGCUUUUACGAGAGUUGGUUUGGGUCAUUUCGUUUAUGCCUCCAUAUUCCUUCCAACAAUGUGUCCCUAUUUUGAUGGAGAUUUGCAAGCUGUUGCGUAGGAUGCCAUAUUAUGCUGACAAUGUUAUCUUUGACACGUGCCGAACUUGUCUUAGUUCUAUGGUGGAAUUUAUCGAAAUUGAGGCAGCAAUAUUGGAUGGAGGUGGAUGCAGUACUAAUUUUGUUACUUUAAAAGAUAUGCUCACAUUUGUUCAAGAGGCUGUUGAUAAAAUAAUUCUUACAAUGGAUGGUGGUAUACAACCGUAUACAGUAUGA